AUGUUCCCCGAAGAGGACCGCGUGGCAUAUCUUGAGACAAUGCUACAGAGACAUAGAAUCAACUACUUAAGCCCGGGUAGUACCGCUGAAACUGUUGCAUUUUCGCCGACGGAGGCGUUGGCUGAGCCUUCAACUAUGUGGGAAGAAACGGCAGAACUCGGCUGGCCAAUUUCAGAACAGCAAAAUCAGCUCAACCCACCUCAGAUUGACCAGGGCGAGCCUGUAGCAUCAUCCAUGUGUCCUGGUUGUGCAGCUGCUGCGGCCGCUAGAAGCACAAGGGAUACACUGGAUGGUCUCACACGGAGCAAACCACAUCAUGAGCCAGGAUUCUCCAAACUGCUCCUUUCUGAUCUGAUGAAAUUCAAAUCAGGCAGGCGAAUGGUAAGGUCUGGGCAAGGCGAAGCCCAAAGCGAAUUGGAGAAGGUGUCUUCGCCAGAUUUGAUGAGCCGCCUGGACACAUCCCAGGCAUCUCUUCCCACCCGAGAUGCGGCUCAAAAUAUCACUAAUGCGUAUUUCCAAUGGGCUCGCCUAGGAAUGCCCCUUCUUCAUGAGCUGACCUUUCGUCGGAAGCUGGAGCUCCUGUAUAGAAUGCCGCCCGAGGUCGACUUUGCCUCGACUCAUACUAGCCAUGAAUCUAGAAUGGCAGUAUUCUUUGUGUACGAAGUCUUUGCGGUAGCCCUCAUGGUCAUGCAAAAACAAGAUCCCUCCAAGAUCCCUACCUUCAUGGCAGAUCGAUAUCAUCGAACUGCGCUCUCAGCGCUAAAUGAAGUCGGUCUUCCUACAGAUGUGGAAGGUGUUCAGGCUCUCCUCCUUGUCGCUCAGUACUCUUACCACCAUCCCACAGCCUGGGCUGUCUGGAAAACCAUAGGUGCUGCUCUGCGGCUCGCAGUUGAGCUGGGCCUCCACCAAGAUGCAGAGCUAUCAGAAGACAUCGACGCUCUCAAGCUAGAUACCAUGAGGAGGGUAUUUUGGGUUGCAUACUCAAUGGAUCGGAGUGUUGCCGUCACCCUAUCGCUCCCAUCUUGUCUAUCAGAUGGUGCCAUCAAUACAAAGUUUCCUAGCCUCGUGAAUGACGAAUACAUCACGACAACGGGAGUAGAUAUGACUCAAAGCCAGCCAUUUUGGACCAAGAGUAUCAGCAUACAUUUAUUCAGAUACCGCCGGCUUCAAUCGGAAAUUCGAACCAUGUUAUACGAGAAUUUGCCUUCAGGGCACUUAUCGGCGAACUUGCACGAAUGGCAAAAAGACAUGGACCGGAGACUUCAUAAAUGGUACGGCGAAGUCCCUCGAUCCGAAACAUUAAACAGAUACGAGAAUACAGAUGUCGAGAACUUUGAAUUGUCUAUGCAACGUGCGUUGCUUCUCCUCUACCAACCAUCACCAAAUAUGCCAGACCCUCCCGAUCCCACUUUGCUAGUCAUUUCCAACAUCGCAAGCAAGUUGAUACAGAUCUAUCGCCGGUAUUUCCGUGAGUACAGGCUUACAAUUUACUGGCAAGCUGUGGAAAGUCUAAGCUCGGCGGGAACGGCCCUCAUAUAUAGUUAUGUGAACUCAGCUCAGGUUCGGGACUCUAUCCCACUCACCCAGCUGGAAUCUUUAUUUAGUACAUGCUCGUCCGUUCUUUGGGGGAUGGUAGAGCACUUUCCCGCAUUCAAGAACAAACGAGAUGCUUUCGACAUCUUGGCUUCAAAGACCUUGGCCGAUCUCUCCAGUGACCAAGCACAAGUCUUGGGAGAUUCGAGCAAACAGGCAUAUUAUCCCGGCACCCAGUAUGACACAUCAAAUGUCCUUCACAGCGACAGUUUUCCCGCUGUCUCUCAGCUAGAGCAAGAUCAGCAACCGACAGUUAGUUGGGCUAGGCAAGGGAGUCACUACUAUCCAGGCACAGCCACCUCCAACACGCUCCCAGUGGUACCCAAUGAUCCUUCACAUACCACAGAUUCACCCCAAAGUGGAAGGAAUGUGGGCACAUUCGAUACUCAACUUUCAGAAGUAGUUUUAGAUGGUGAUGAGACUCUUUUUCGUCUCUCUGAUUGGCAAGCUUUGCCAGAUACGAAUGACGUUUUCGCCCCUGCCUGGAUAUAG